GUCAGCAAUAAAGAAAACUUUUUCUUCUUUUCCAGAUUUAGAAUCUAUGCUAAAUAAAUAAAAGAAAAAUUAUUCUUUGUAAAAGAUUUUUCCUGAAUCAUUCUUUCCUUCGUCUUUAAUUCUCCUGUCGUUGUUUCCUUUCAAGAAAAAGAGAGGAAACAACGUUUGAUUUGACAGAUUCUCCGGCGAAAUUCAAGAUCCAAAUCUCGGCAAUGUCGACGUUUUCGCCGUCGUUGGCCUUACUUUCCUUCCUUUCUCUGAUUCUUCUGGUUUCAUCUAACUCUUCGACGGAGAUUAACAAGGGAGGAGAGAUUCGAUUACCUUCGGAGAAGAUCAACGGCGAAUUCUGCGGAGGAGCGUCUAAACCGGGUUCUUGUCCGGUUAAGUGUUUUAGGGCUGAUCCGGUUUGCGGCGAAGACGGCGUUACUUACUGGUGCGGUUGUGCGGAUGCUUUGUGCCAUGGCGUUCGUGUCUCUAAACAAGGUGCUUGCGAUGUUGGUAAUGGCGUUGGGUUGUCUGUUCCUGGACAAGCUCUGCUUUUGAUCCACAUUGUCUGGCUCAUGGCUCUUGGGUUUUCGAUCCUCUUUGGCCUCUUCUGA